CAUUGGUCGACGUUUUAUAAAUAAAGGAGGGCUUAAAAAAAUAACAUUGUUAAAUUCGACCGGCUGUAAAAAUAUAAAUUUAUCAUUUUAAUCAUUUUUACGUAAUGUACACGUAAUAAUUAUGACGUAUUAAAUAUGUUUAUUCUUAUCAGAAUUUUGUGCAGUAGUCGAAAGGUCAAUAAUUUAAUUCAAAAAGAAUAUUUAACUUCUUUUAUAAACAAGAAUAAACAUUCGACUUUUAGCAGUUCAAGAAUGGCUUUAAGUCCCGAUGAUCCGAGUUCUUUUUCUAGACCCGAUCUUGUUGGAGUUACUCAUAUUCACUUGAAAUUGGGUAUAAAUUUCGAUAAGAAUAUUUUAGAAGGUCAUGUGAUUUUAGACGCAGAAAGGAAAGAUAAAACAGCGGAUUCUUUGAUUUUGGAUGUUCGAAAUAUUACAUUAUUGGAUAUAACAAAUGAAAAGGACAAUUGUAAACUUGAAUACAGCGUUGGAGAAACAGUUUCAUUUGGAUCUAAACUCAAUAUCAAAUUACCAAAUGAAUCUGAAUGUGAUGAUGGCAAAACUAGAUAUAAAAUUAAAAUUCAUUAUGAAACGUCACCCAAGGCAACGGCGUUACAAUGGUUAAAUGCUCAACAAACAGCCGGAAAGAAGUAUCCUUAUCUUUUCUCUCAAAAUCAAGCAAUUCACGCACGAUCAAUGGUACCUUGUCAAGAUACUCCGUCUGUAAAAUCUACUUACAGUGCUGAGAUUACGUCACCAAUUUGGGCAACAACAUUAAUGUCCGCUCUACAUGAUGAAAUAGAAACUAUUGGAAACGAAACAAAAAUUAGUAAAUUUCAUCAACCGGUACCAAUUCCCUCGUACUUGAUUGCCAUCGCAGUUGGUGAUUUAGUUACGAAAAAAAUUGGACCAAGAUCUUCUGUUUGGUCGGAAAAGGAAUUAAUAGAAGAGAGUGCAUUUGAAUUUUCAGAGACUGAUACAAUGCUACGUACUGCCGAAGAUAUUUGUGGUCCAUACGUUUGGGGCAUCUACGAUCUUUUGAUUCUUCCUCCGAGUUUCGCUUACGGUGGAAUGGAAAAUCCGUGCUUAACUUUUGUAACGCCAACAUUACUUGCUGGAGAUCGUUCCCUAGCCAGUGUCAUUGCUCACGAAAUUUCACACAGUUGGACUGGGAAUUUAGUCACAAAUGCAAAUUUCGAACACUUUUGGUUAAAUGAGGGUUUCACUAUGUUCAUUGAAUAUAAAAUAGACGGACGAAUGUUUGGUGAAAAGCAAAGGCAAUUUAAUGCCUUAAUGGGCCUUUCUGAACUCAAGGAUGCAAUCAAAAGUCUAGAAGAAACACCCGAUCUCACAAAAUUAGUGGUAAAACUCACUGGAAUGGAUCCCGACGAUGCAUUUUCAACAGUGCCUUAUAUGAAGGGUCACACGUUUCUCUAUUAUUUAGAAGAAUUACUCGGUGGUCCUAAAGAAUUUGAACCAUUUUUGAAAGAUUAUUUUGAAACUUUCAAAUACAAGAGUAUCGUAACUUCAGACUGGAAGAAUCAUCUAUAUAAAUACUUUUCAAACAAGACUCAGAUUUUGGAUUCAGUUGAUUGGGAUUCUUGGCUCAAUAAGCCAGGCAUGCCAAUUGUAAUACCAAACUAUAAUAAAGACUUAUUGAAUGCUUGUAUUGAACUUGCCGAUAAAUGGAUUAAUUGGUCAGAAAGUACAGCAGUUCCUUUCGCAAAAGCGGAUCUUACCAAUCUAAGUCCUUCACAAAGGGAGCAAUUUAUCACUGUUUUGUUCGAAAGCAAUACAACUCUGUCGAUUAAGAAAUUGGAGAAAAUGCAAGAGGUCUACGAUUUUGAUUCUGUACAAAAUAGUGAAAUCAAAUUCAUGUGGAUUCGAUUAGCAUUAAAAUCACGAUGGGAGCCUAAAGUUGCUGAAGCUCUUGAUUUUGUGUCUGAAGUUGGACGUAUGAAAUACCUCCGACCAAUUUAUCGUGAUCUUUAUGCAUGGCCAGAAGUGAGACAGAGAGCAAUAGACAAUUAUUUGAGAACAAAAGAUCAAAUGAUGUUUGUUGCCGCCGAAAUGUUGAAAAAGGAUUUACACCUGAAUUAAUGUUACAAUUGAAUAUUUCUAAAGAAAUUAUAAAUUUCUACGUUUUUAUAAUAAUUUCAUAAAAUUUUAAUAAAUUCUCUUUUCAAGAAUCA